AUGAAACACUCAGAUCGGCAUCCUCUGGUAACUUCGAAGCCAAUAACAAUGUCUAUCCCUUCUCACCCAAAGCUUGAAGGCUUUGAUCUCAUUCAGGCAACAUACAAGCAGAUUGGCGAUCAUGCCAUUCGAGUGGACAUACUAAUUCCUCAAACACCCUAUACGGGCAAACGACCGACUCUCGUCCGCACCCAUGGCGGCGCCCUGGUUGCAUGCGACUCACUAUUCAUGGAUUUCUUUCCCCACUGGGCAUCGGACCUAGCCCUCAAAUAUGGUGCCGUGAUCGUUAGCCCCAACUACCGGCUGAUGCCCGAAUCCACAAGCUCAGAGAUCUACGACGACAUCGAUGAUUUCUGGAAAUGGCUCCACUCACCAGUUCUGACCAAUUUGCUUGCCAACCACACCACACCCACCGAAAUUGACCUCACCCGCAUCCUCACCACUGGUGACUCCGCAGGCGGUUUACUAAGCCUCUAUCUCGCCCUGACCUAUCCAUCCCAGAUCCGUGCCUCGACUGCGGGUUACCCAUGGGUGAACCCCAGCUCAGCAGGCUUUCAGGCCCCGCGCACAACCUUACCAUUCGGCGUACAUACGCCUGAAAACGUCAUCGACGACACCGUGGCUGCAGCAGCUUCUGGCCAGGUUGUGUCAUCGGAUCGCUCUCCUGCUCGGCUUGCGUUUAUGCUUGCGGCUGUGGAGCAUGGCCGUUUGGCUGGCUUCUAUGAGCGUCAGGCGGAGGGGUCAUCACGCCGAGAGCUGUUCUACCCUGCCAAGAAGCUGGAAGAACCGGGUAUGAGUAUCCCGCGGGGAGGAAUUGCGAUUUGGCAUGGUCGUCAGGAUACUGUGGUCCCUCUGGAGGACGUGGAGGGGUUUGUGGUGAGGUUACUUGAGGCUACUAAGGGCCUGCCGAGUGGCGAUAAAGUUGUGCUGGCAUUGCGGGAUGGGGAUCAUGGUUUUGAUAUGGAUAAUCGGUAUGAGGAUGAGUGGUUGCAGAACGCUCUGAAGUCGGCGGUGGAUGCUUGGUUGGAGUAA